CAUGUUCUGUCUCUCAUGCCGCCGCCAUUUCUGCCCCCAUACAGCUAUACGUGUAUGUAUGUCAGACGUCGUAACACUGUACACUUGCACCUCUUGACAUAGUAUCGAUGGUAGGCAAUGACGCAAUAUAUUUAUAUCCCGUAGCCUCGUCUCGAGAAGGGAUUAUAAAAAGUUGCGGAUAUACCUGGAGAAGGCGGUGCGGGAUCCGGGUUUGUAUGCUGAGGUAUUUACAAAACAACCUGAUAUCAUCUCUCGUAUAACCACAUAUAAGAACUCCAUUGCUCAAACCAGGAAUACUCGCGGACCAGACACGAUCCCAAACACGAUAAACGAACACCGAAGAUCUAACAUGAAGCCAAUCCCUCACAACCAGGCUCCUAAGAGCCCACCACCAUCAUCAUCCUCUACCUCCUCCAGCUCUCCCAGAGCGAAAAGCAACUCGCAAACACCAAAGCCUGGCAAGACCAUCCCGGCACCGGCCCCGGCGACGAAACCAGGAACCCAAAAAGGCAGAAUCAGCUACGACAGCAUGCCCAAGAACCAGCACCCCACGCGACCGUUAGAAGCCGCCGCAAUCCUGAGCAACCCGCGCCUACGACAAGUAACAGGCCUGCACCCGCGCAAAGCGUCCUGGUGGAAGGGCGUGCACCCGCCGAUGGACGAAUUGAUCCGGCUGCAAUGGGUCAUGAGUCUGCCGGACGCCUACCCCGUCAAGCGGCCGAAGGGCAACUUCUGAGAGCCGGCAAUGAAACGGGGUUGGGUUCGCAGACGAAGAAGAGAGAGGGAGGGGACAGAUGCAAAAAGAUAAUCACUACUCAAAUUCUUUUCGUCGUUAUCGUCAACAUCAUCUACUAUCCGCUAUCCCUAUACACCAGCCGUGCAAUCGGGUAUCUCAAGC